AUGGUUCAGCUUUCCGACGAGUGGCUUUUGUGCGGGAUUAGCGAGCUGACGAUCCAGGACAUCGACAUAGCGAGAGUGUUGGUCGACACCAGAUGCUCGGCCAAUAUUAUCUACAAAAGCACCCUUGAAAGAAUGGAGAUCGAUCUGUGCGCCGUUACAGAAGGACCCAUCCCGAUAUUCGGACUCUCGGGAUAUGCUACUAUGACUCUCGGCUCGAUCGACCUUGUUGUUAAAGCCGGGAGCGUCAUCAAAGUCACAGAAUUCUUAGUCAUCGACCGCCCAACAUCGUACAACGCGAUCGUCGGUACUCCAUGGCUGAAUUCCAUGCGAGCGAUCGCUUCGACAUUCCAUCUGUGCCUUAAGUUUCCAACCCCUCGUGGAGUCGAAACUAUACAAGGAGACCGCAGGAUGUCGCAAAUUGGAGCCAACCUCCGCGAGCCACUAAAGACAGAGCUCAUCGCCUGUCUCAAAAAGAACCUCAAUGCGUUUGCUUGGGCCGCGGAAGAUAUGCCAGGGAUCGAUAUCGGCAUAACGUGUCAUGAGCUUAACAUCGAUCCGACCUACAUACCCGUCAAACAAAAAAGGCGGAAGCUAGGACCGGAGUGUGCCACCGCGGUAAAUGAGGAAGUCGAAAGACUCCUGAAGCCGGAUCAAUAA